AUGGCCGAUCAGUGUUCGCUGCGCUUGGUGCGAGAACUGGCUCAAUUCGAGCGAAGUGAGCAGCUCGGUAUGAGAGACACCUCUGUUUCCACCUCUGGUGCUGACAUCACGAUAGCUUUCACUGUCGCUUAUGAUGAAAACAACACGCGAGACAUCCAAGCCCUCAUCAUCGGGCCCCCAGGCACACCCUAUGAGCUGGGGUUCUAUGAAUUUGCCAUCAGAAUACCAUCUGGCGAGAAAGCUCCGAUAUCGCUAACCGAACUAGAUUACCCUGCGAGUCCGCCAACAGUGAGGCUGAAGACCACUAAUCAGGGCCGCACGCGCUUCGGCCCUAACCUCUACGCAAACGGGAAGGUUUGUCUCACAUGGCCUGGAGACCGCGGCGAGGAAUGGUCUCCCGCCCAAGGACUGGAGUCAGUCCUGCUAUCUAUCCAAAGUCUGCUAUCCUCAAACCCAUAUAUCUUGGAGCCAGGGUUUGAUAGCAGGGGCGCCGAUACGGAGAACAUAGAGGCAUACAAAUCCAAGAUACGACACGAGAACCUUCGACUGGCAGUUCUUGACCCUCUAGAAAAAGCCCUCCAAUGUCCCGCAUUAGCCUGGCAACGCAGAGCGCAAAGAACUGGCGAUGGACAAGCAUCUGAUCAAUCCACACUGAGUGCCUUUGGGGACUUUUGCAAACAACGAUUCCUCUGGUACCUGGAUCUUUACAACAACGUGAUUGAGAAAGGCAUCGUGGACGACGCACGGAGACACGAGACCCCAUUUAUCCAGAUGCCGUUUGAGAGUUCGAGCAACGGUAUGCAUGGUACAUGGGAUUACACCAAGCUGAAGACUCGCCUAGAAAGCAUCCAAGAACAGUUGAUGGAGGAGACACACAAGUGGCCUAUCGAGGGCCUGACAUUGACCAAAGAGGACGCUGGGAUUGCGGUGAAAUUGCUGGGACAGCAUGAGCAAAUUGUUGCGGAAAUGAAGUCUCGGACGCAGGUCAUGGACCUUUCUCUUGUUGAUGGCAACCCUUUCGUCUGGCGACUCACCUACGCUGGCCGCACGGAAUCUCGACUGGAGGGUGGUAUCAUCAAGAUCAAGAUCUUCAUCAGCCCUCGACACCCGUUAGAGCAGCCCCGUGUGUUUGUUGAGUCACCCCUCUAUCAUAUCCGUGUCUCCAAGACGGGUGUGAUGAUUUAUCUGCCUGCUCGAGCUGACGAGAUCCGUCAUCACAUCGACGGCAUCAUCAACGCCCUGGAGGAAGACAGCCCGCCAUACAACCCACUCAUGACCGUAAACCCGGAGGCAAGUUCUCAGUGUUGGGGAACUGAAGUGGAGCGUAGGCUCUACCGUCGCAAGCUUCGAGCGUCGCUAGAGGCAUCCUAA